AUGGCGUCUACUACAGACGAGGCCCAGCUUUAUGAGCCUAGAUACAUAGAUAUCGGCAUCAACCUCGCCGACCCCAUCUUCCGCGGCCGGUAUCACGGCACAAGCCGACACCCGGAUGACCUGACUGCGGUUAUCGGCCGGGCCAAGGAGGUCGGUUGCACCAAGCUCAUCGUCACCGGCUCCAGCUUCAAGAGCUCGCGGGACGCGCUGAAGCUGGCACAGGAGUAUCCAGGCACCGUAUACGCCACUGCCGGUAUCCAUCCCUGCAGCAGUGCCAUCUUCGCUGCCGACCAUCCGCAUCAUCAUGAGGCAGACGAUGAGGAGCAUACGCCGGCGUGCGAUCCGGAUCCGUCAAAGCCCAUUCAUGACGAGCAGCUCUUUGACUCUAAAAAGACGAAAAAGAUCAUUGCCGACCUAGCAUCUUUAAUAAGCGAUGCCAGGACGCAGCAGUCGGGCAUCGUGGCUUUCGGAGAAUUCGGGCUAGACUACGACCGUUUGCACUACUGCUCAAAGACUGUUCAACUCCAUUCGUUCAAAGAGCAGCUCGCCCUUGCCGCAAGCAUCAGACCGCAACUACCCCUAUUUCUACAUUCGCGAGCAGCUCACGCCGAUUUUAUUAGCUGUCUCAAGACCGCGUUCGGCGACAACCUCGAGCGUCUUGAGAAAGGCGGCGUAGUGCAUAGCUUCACUGGGACAGCCGAAGAGAUGCGGGAGCUUAUGGAGCUGGGCUUGUACAUCGGCAUCAAUGGCUGUAGCUUCAAGACCAAGGAGAAUUGCGACGUAGUGCGGGAGGUGCACCUCGAUCGGCUAAUGAUUGAGACUGACGGGCCAUGGUGCGAAGUCAGACCAAGCCAUGAAGGUUGGAAGCAUCUAAUUGAACCCAAGUCUGAGGCUGCUCAACCGGUUCAGGAGAAUGGGAGCGCAAAUGCCGCCGCACCGCCCGAGGCAAAGCCCAAGAAGCAGGGCAAGAAGAACCAGAAAAAGGAGCCCGAGGUACCAGAGCGGUUCAAGAUAGUCAAGAAGGAAAAAUGGGAAGAAGGCGCCAUGGUCAAGGGUCGCAACGAGCCUUGCACGAUCGAGCGUAUCGCAAAGAUCAUUGCCGGUAUCAAGCAAGUGCCUGUAGACGAGGUCUGCGAAGCUGCCUGGCACAAUACAGUGAAGGUCUUUGGGUUGGAGCAAUAG